AACAGGCAGUGACUCGAGGAGUUGACAUUUAACAGAGGCUGCUCUGACUGACAUCAUUCAUUUCACCUGGCGUGGGAGCCGAGAAUUAAAGACAGCAAAAGGGAUUCUGACAUGCACUUUCAGAAAUCACAGAAGGAAAAGGUGUGUUACCCUCUGCCCACAGUGAAGAAACUCCUGGAGCAGAAGAGAAAGAGAGAGACCUCUUCAGCACCUCCCUCCUGCUCUACAGCAUCUUACACUGCUGGUGGUGCUGCAUCUGUCCCGGUGUUGGCAUCAGUACAAUCUCCCACUGCCGGAGCCAGUGCAAGCUACACAGACAUGGGAGCAGUUAGAUAUGACCGAUGGGAAGUUCCCAGCAUUCAUCAGGCACAUUCCUCCCUACAGCAGUGCAGCCCGUUCACAUUCAUGUCUAGUUCCUCCAUCACACCAAACUUUACCCAGACUGGACAGACGCUUGCCACUGGCUACAGCCCUCAGCAGAUGCAAGACUGCCAGGAUGCCCAGACAACACAGCAAUAUUCUAUAACAGAGUGCCCUGUAACUGCAGACGGGACUGAUAUGGCUGGGACUGUCUCCAUUCAGAGCCCCAGCUUGUGUUGGCCAUCUGAAUCCAGAGCAGAGGAUCACACAAGCCCAUACCUUCUCCAAGAGUUCAGGUCCCAGAUGGAUAUCGUGAAGCUGCAGGAGGCCAGAGUCUUCCUGCAGAACAUGGAUUACAGUAGAACUACCUGGCAGGAUGAUGACGGGGACACCAUUCUACACAUCUAUACUGCGAAAGGCCUGAGGGAAUAUGCUUUUGCUGCUGCGGAGAAACUUCGCGAACUGGGGAAGUUGGACUCUAAAGAACAUAAGGGCAAGACUGCUUUGCUGGUGGCUGUAACUGCCAGUCAGCCAGAUAUAGUCCAGGAUCUACUCUCUCUAGGUGCGGACAUCAGCAUCUGUGACGUCAACGGUCAAACUGCACUUCAUCUGGCUGCCACCUAUGGUUUCCCUCGUGUCAUGCAGGUUAUACUCUUUGCUGGACUGCGAGUGGACCUGGAAGCUCGUAAUUUUGAAGGCCUGACUCCUCUGCACUGUGCAGUGAUCUCUCACUGUGCCAUGAUGAAGGCCAUAAAUGCCUCCUCCUCAUCCUCAACAUGGUUGGCUGAUGGCAGUCUACAGACUCAAGCAGAAGAUAAACUGAUGUGUUUGCGGCUUCUUAUAAAUGCUGGCGCUUCAGUUCUCAGCCAGGAAAUCAAAAGCAACAAGACAGUUCUUCACCUGGCAGUGAAGGAGGGGAAUAUCCAUCUUGUGCGCUUCCUCCUCAGCCUCCAACUCUCCAAUAUGCAGGCGUUCAUCAACAUGAAAGCUCACGGACACACUGCCCUGCACAUGGCCGCAGGGCUGCAUGGAAGCCCCUUUCAGGAGGAACUGAUCCGGCUGCUGCUGAGUCGUGGUGCUGAUCCCAGCAUCCGCAACCUGGAGAACGACCAGCCCGCUCAUUUGCUGCAGAGCGGAGACACAGGAGAGAAACUCAAGCUCAUCUUGAAGAAGAAAAGUGCCUCCUCUAGGCGGCGUUUUACAUCCUUACAGGACCAAGAGUGACUAGGACUGAUUUUUAGUCCCAGCGUAUCCCACUUUCUCCAAUAGAGAUGCAGUCAUCUGGAUCAAAUAACAGUAUGCGCUUGAAACAUUCAUCUUUAUCAUUUUGUUAACUGUUCACCAUCAAGAUGUGGACAAAAACUAUUCAAAGAACUGUUAAAAACUUUCAUCUCUGGAGAAAAAUGGGUUUAUCAUCAGUAUCCUUUUAUGAGGAUUUUCACACAUCGCAUAAUUUUUAGUAUGACAGUAUAUUUUUUGAAGGAUCAUUCAUUGGUUCUGUACCAUAAAGCUGCUUCCCAGUUUAUUUAAAGAUGAAAACAAAUUUUAAUAUGUUCAUGAAUAGUGAUUUCAAUGAAAUUGUCAUGAGGACUGUCAGUACCAGUCGAGUUUCCACCUUCAAUUAUAAACCAUAUUGGUUUGCUUACGAGAGCAGCUGAGCUCUUUUUUUUUUUUAAUUCACUGUAUCAGUGGGAUAUUCUUUAAUUGUUUUGAUAUGUAUUUAUAUAGCUUCUGGUUGGUAGAUGUUGCAUAUUUUCUCUGUGCUCAUGUUCAUGUUACUUUCACUCAGGGGGAAAGAUCGGUUAUUUAUUUCAUUGUUUUAUAUGAAUGACAUCAGUUCUCUAUGUAAUACACUUUUCUCAGCAGCACACUUGAUAUCAUAGUUGUCCUUACAGGAGAUGUGUCAUCCAGCCAUCAUGUAUGUGAAUGUGUUAUUUUGGUGAGUCAUAUAUGAGGGGGUGAAAUCAAAUGUCAGGGGGUUCUGAGGUGAGAAGGUAGUUUUGUCAUCGAGACCUGCCAGAAUCAAGAUGUCAGAAUUAUUAAUAUGAUUUAACAAUGUUAUUUCAGUGGAAUAGUAUGAAAGGAAAGAUUUUUCUAUGUGGGGAUAGUGUCCAUCUUGUAUCAAGAUUUCAAAUGUUGGAGGAUGUUGUUGUUGUUGAGUCAAUGAUAUGCAUGAUUCGCCUGGUUGAAGUACAGAGUCCCUCUGGAAAUUCAAAUGAGGGAAAACACACGCUCAUGUCACUUUCUUGUAAAACAAAGAGAGGUCUGUGGAUUUAUGAGAAUUCAUUUGAAAACAAAGCGCAAACUGCUUUCUGUAGAAUUCAUUUAUGAAACUUUGCUCAUUGUUUUAGUAUAUAUCUCAAACACUCAAUGAAUGAAACCAUCUGACAAAACCAAAUUCUGUGAGUAUAUAAA